AUUUCACAUAUAAGUCUCAUUUUUCCCCCAACUCCAAUCGAUCGACUCACUGCCAAUUCCAACUUCCCAAUUCGAAGUAUGCCACUAUGCGUCAUGUCUCGUUUUGUAUUUAUAUCCAAGCCUUUGGGUUCGGUCACUCGACGCGUCAUCUCCGGUCACGACCGCAAGCGGGUCGGCGAUCCCCGGCCGCGAGAGCCCCACCCGGAACCACAGUUUCGUGUUCGUGAUCGGAGACAUACUCGAUCUACAGCCGGUGGUUGCAGUGGCGUUGGAUGGGCCGCCUUAUCGGGUCAUGAGUGGCGAUGGUAAUGCCUCGGUGGAUUCAACCUCGCAGAAGAAGAAGGGAAGAGGAAGAAGAACGAUGGAUGGUUGACAGCACUGCUUGCAGGCGUGCGUUGCGAUCGUUUCUAUUUAGGUUGAAAGCGAAGCACAAAUCGAUUGGAGUUGGGUAUUGUUGUUCGUCGAUCACCAGUUUUGUCGCUGCAGCUCCAGUGUUUGCUUUCUUCCACUUGGGCACCUUUUCCGUGGACGGUCUAAAACUUUGUCCACCACCUAUUUGAUGCAAUGCUCCUCACUUUCUCUCUCCGUCUCACUCCCCAUUCAAUGCAGUUCCUGAGCAGACCCACCCACCUCCCCCCAAAAAGGCUAACCCUUCCUUCCCCCUUCCCUCCCCUUCCCUCUCCUCUCCUCUCCACAAUGCCACUGCCGCUCCUCUCCGCCGCAACAUGUCCACUCACGCCUCCCCCGGCGGCGCCUCCUCCUCCUCCUCUUCCCUCUUCACGACCCUCAGUUUCUCCUUCGCUAUUGCCGUCUCCCUCGGCCUCCUCUCCGCUCUCCUCGUCGUCUCCUACAUCUGCUGCCGCCGACGACCCCAGAACCCUGGUUCCGCCCCGGGCCCGAUCCCCGCCGAAGGCGUCCUCCAGCGACACAUCAUCUUCGUCGCCGAGGACGACGACGGCGAGGACAGCGAGGGCGGCGGCCGGGCAUCGGGGCUCGAUCAGGCGGCCAUCAGCUCGUACCCUAAGUUCCCGUUCUCGGCGGCCAAGGGUGGGGAUACCGUCUGCUCGAUCUGCCUUUGCGAGUACCGGGAGGGGGAGAUGCUCCGGAUGAUGCCCGACUGCCACCACUACUUCCACCUCCUCUGCAUCGAUGUCUGGCUCCGGCUCAACGCGUCCUGCCCGGUCUGCCGGACGUCGCCAUUGCCCACGCCGGUGUCUACUCCAAUCUCAACACCAUUGUCAGAGCUCGUCCCGCUCUCCCAGUUCGCAGCUGACCGCAGGAGGAGGAGCUAAAGCUUUUGCAAAAUAAUCAAAUACUCUACAUGGAACAUACAUGCUGGAGGUUUGUGGUGGUAUAAUUCAUUAAGCCAUCUGUCAUCAUCAGACUUUUAAGACCUCAGAAGUGUUGAAAACAAGUUUUCAAUCCAGGAAAGACACUCUGUCUGUUCUUACUCAAAUAUUGGUAAAUUACUCUUUCCCUUAAUCAUGGGUAGUGGUGCUUUCUAACAAGGCGGAAAUAGUUUCCGAAUUUUAUCAGUAUCUAGCAUGUCUCUGUUUUUAAUGAGAAGCUGGAAGUUUCUGAAUUUCUAAGUAUAUUAGAUUUUGAUUGUGCAAUCAGUUUCCAAAAUUUUUUGGGUACAUGUCCCAAAAAUGGUGUACUUAAUGGAAGGUGCUUCUUCCUUGGCAAGUGAAAUGGUAUUCCAUGGUUACAGGUGUAUGUUGCACACCUUUUAUUCUAGCCCUAGGAAGACUAGCUACCAUUGUACGCUAGGAGAGUAUCACUUGAAAAAGCUCUCUGAGAAAACCCAAAUCCAGUCUCCCAGGUUUGAUUGACCAUAACUCUAGUUUGGCACAAGUGUGCUUGAGAGGCUGGGGCUUAACAUGAGGAAGCAGUCUUUUUCAUCUCUCCUAAAAGUUUGAAUUUCCGAGCUUUACUUCAUUUCUUCUUGCUUGAAUGCUCUGUCGUAUUAUUUUGCUGCUGUCAUGUUUUGCGUAGACAAAAAUAUUGAGGUUGAUGCGUGAAGUUGAUUGGAAAAUAAAUGUUUUUAACGACAAACAAUUAGAUGUGGUUCUCAUAGUAGAUAAAAGGAGAAAGUUCCCUCGGAGAUUUGCAAAUGUUAUUACUAAACAGGAUGAGAUAAGUAACAUUGUUGUGAGAGAGGAAAAAAGGAGACCAAAAAAAAAAAAAUCAUCCGAUAUUGUCAAAAGGUUUAAUUGCUCUCAGUACAAUCAAAUAUGUUGUCUUAGACGGAUAUAGCUGAUUCUAAAUUAUUAGGAUAUUACCACUUGUUGUUAUUUGCCAUGUUAAUUGAUAAGUACAAAAUUCUGGAUUUCUGUUAUAGAGAAGAAAAUUUGGGAUAGACGUGAUGUUGCAGAUGUCACUCAACUCUGUGAGCAUUUGAU